AUGGUGAAGACUUCACAGAGGAAGCAUUGUGACUGUGGAAAACUAUCCAAACCAAAGCCUGGUUUAAACAUCUCAAUCCCUUUGAGGAUGUCCAGUUAUAUAUUCAAGAGACCAGUGACUAGGAUCACAUCCCAUCCCAGCAAUGAGGUCAGAUGUUAUCCCUGGGAGGAAACCUUGGACAAUCCCCAACAGCUAUACUGGCAGAAGAGACUGCAAGGACUCCAGGCUUGCAGCAGUGCAGGAGAACUGUUAAGUCCUCUGGAUCUAGCCAAAGCCUUGCAAAAAUUUGCACCACAUUGCCCAGGUGAGUCCCUGCCAGGGGUACAUACAGGUGGUCCAAACUCCACCCCCAUGGCCACCCCUGUGUGGUCUUCAGAUUUGUCACAGACCAUUCCAGGAGCUGGGUCUGGCACCCCACAGCUCCUCUGCAAACAGUGUCUGGUAACUGAGGAGGAUAUCAGGAAUCAGGAAAGGAGAGUGAAGACAGCAAGAGAGAGACUGGCAAUAGCGAUGGUCGCUGACAGACUGGCUGGCGAGGCAGAGAAAGUGUAG